AUCCGUAUUUCUCCGACGACAUAUUGUUUGUGAGGAACAAAUUCUGAAAAGCAAACUGGGAAAGAGGAUUACAAUUGAUUUAUUUCUCUCUAAACACAAGAAGUAUCUGUCAUUUAAGAUUUAAAAAAAAAAUGGAGCCGUCAGCCAGUCCAGCGAAGGAUAACCACAGGAUGAACAGCUACAAGAACAAAGCCCUGAAUGUGGAGGAGAUGAGACGCAGGAGAGAGGAGGAGGGUGUCCAGCUGAGGAAGCAGAAACGAGAACAACAGCUGUUCAAGAGGAGAAACGUUGACAUGUUGAACGAGGAAGGAGUCAUGUUUGAGAGUCCACUGGUCGACUCGUAUGUCACCUCCACAGCCACAGAGGAAGGAGUCCUAACUAAAGACCUGGUAGAGAUGCUCUUCUCAGAGGACCCAGAGCUCCAACUCGCGACAACACAGUCAUUCAGGAAACUACUGUCCAAAGAACCCAAUCCACCUAUUGACGAGGUCAUCAACACCCCAGGCAUUGUAGAGAGGUUUGUAGAGUUCCUGAAGAGGAGCGUCAACUGCACAUUACAGUUUGAGGCAGCCUGGGCCCUGACCAACAUAGCAUCAGGUACAUCCAUGCAAACUAACAUAGUCAUCGAGGCAGGAGCAGUACCCAUCUUUAUAGAACUACUCAACUCGGACUUUGAGGAUGUUCAGGAACAGGCGGUGUGGGCGUUGGGUAACAUAGCAGGGGACAGUCCAGUGUGCAGAGACUACGUACUCAACUGUAAUAUCCUGCCACCACUAUUAAUGCUUCUGACUAAAUCCACCAGACUGACAAUGACCAGGAAUGCAGUGUGGGCUCUGUCUAACCUGUGCAGGGGGAAGAGCCCCCCACCUGUAUUUGAGAAGGUCUCCCCUUGUCUGCAGGUCCUGUCUAGACUGUUGUUCAGCAGUGAUUCAGAUCUGUUAGCAGAUGCUUGCUGGGCUCUGUCCUACCUCUCUGACGGACCCAACGAGAAGAUUCAGGCUGUCAUCGACUCCGGUGUCUGCAGGCGCCUCGUAGAGCUGCUUAUGCACACGGACUACAAGGUGGCGUCUCCUGCUCUGAGAGCAGUGGGGAACAUCGUCACGGGAGACGACAUCCAGACCCAGGUGGUGUUGAACUGUUCAGCCCUGCCCUGUCUGCUCCACCUGCUGAGUAGUCCUAAAGAAUCCAUCCGGAAAGAAGCCUGCUGGACCGUCUCCAACAUCACCGCUGGCAACAGGGCUCAGAUACAGACGGUGAUUGAUGCCAACAUCUUCCCUGUGCUGAUCGACAUCCUGCAGAAGGCAGAGUUCAGAACCAGGAAGGAAGCAGCCUGGGCCAUCACUAACGCCACCUCUGGAGGAAUGCCUGAACAGAUCAGGUACCUGGUGAACCUGGGCUGUAUCAAGCCUCUGUGUGACCUGUUGACCGUGAUGGACAGUAAGAUAGUCCAGGUGUCUCUGAACGGUCUGGAGAACAUUCUGCGACUGGGAGACCAAGAGGCUAAGCAGGAUGCAGGACCCAGUGGUACCGGCAUCAACCCCUACUGCUCUCUCAUAGAGGAGGCCUAUGGUCUGGAUAAGAUUGAGUUCCUUCAGAGCCAUGAGAACCAAGAGAUCUACCAGAAGGCCUUUGAUCUGAUAGAGCACUACUUUGGAGUGGAGGAGGAGGACCAGAACCUGGCUCCUCCGGUGGACCAGGCCAAUCAGCAGUUCCUCUUCCCCCAGCAGGAGGCACCCAUGGAGGGCUUUCAGCUAUAACGCCCUCCCUGUCCUCUGGUUCUCAUCUGGUUCACCAACCAUCACUCAUACCCAUGGAGGAGUUUCAGAUGAAACAUCCACCCCCUUAUCAUACCCAUGGAGGAGUUUCAGAUGAAACAUCCACCCCCUUAUCCUCACCCCAUGGAGGAAUUUGGCGUGUAAUCAGUCCCCUCCACCCUCCAUGUCCAACCAUUGCCCCAUCCUCUAUACCCAUCCUGAGCCCAAGGGGCUAGUUUUAGCCCCAACAGAUGAAGGGUGGAGGUGAAGCAAUGACCUUAUCCACCUUAUAUCCUCCACCCCCAUGGAAGGUAGAGCGUUGUCCUCUCCCUCCACCCCCAUGGAAGGUAGAGCGUUGUCCUCUCCCUCCACCCCCAUGGAAGGUAGAGCGUUGUCCUCUCCCUCCUUUCCCAUGGAAGGCUUUACAGAUGUAACUAUCCAACCUAUAUUUACAGUCUUUGAGCUGGCUUUACCUACCAGAUCAGACGCUUCUAACGGAAUGCCACGUCUCGGCUGUAGAGCCAAUAGGAGACCUGAACUCAACCCGCUUGACCUGACGAUAAAACAAAGCUCUUCCUGAUCAGUGAUCACACAACCAGGGCCGAGGUUUGGUCCAGUCCAGGUUUCGGCAAUGCACAGAUACAAUAACAGAUACACCGCCAGUGCUGUUGAUACCCUGAUUCUUCUGACCGUAAUGCCGGUUUGGUUUGGUUAUUAGUGCUUCCUGUCUGCCCAUAGGGGAUGUCCUUCUUCGGGAUGUAGGGGUUUGAUAGGUCAAACCUGACCAGUAGGAGAGAUGUGUUUUUAUUUAAUUUUUACCCAGCUCCUUUACGACAAUUAUCUUCCUAGUCCUGUUUCCCCUUGUUUUAGCUGUUGUCCACCCUGUGUUUCUCUCUGACUUGUUCUAAAACGUACUGCAUCUACAUGCACCACCUGAAGACUGAAGUGUCCCAAGACAGAAGAAUGACUUCUCUCUACUGUAAACAAUAAAACAGUCCGGAUGUA